UGCGGAGGUGCGUUGCUGUUCAGGAACGGGAUUGUGAGGUGGCCAUGUGUGGCGCCGCGUAUCGAUGUGGUUCUGACAAGUAGGCUGGGGGUAGAUGACGGGGAGACAACAGGCAACUUUGUUGUCCUCUGCCUUUGGUUUGUGUUAAUGGCCAAUGUGUUAGCACUUUCUAAGUCUGGAUGUGUCGUUCCUGAAUUUUCGUCUUUUCAUUGCAAUCGGCGAUUGGAUGCAGUUAAAAUUUGGAUAAUAUCGGUGAAGCUCCGAAAUGUGUUAUUCCCAGGAGAUAGGUGGUACUUAUAAAUGAACGAGAGGGGAGUGGAUGCAGGAGAAGCAUUUGGGUCUUACAUUGUUUGAUGAGUUGUCAAGGCAAUAGAGGAGAUCGACGUUUCUGCUUCGUGAAUCGGCGAUAGAGCAUGUCCGACAGGCGAGGGCUCUUUAUGAGAUAGAUCUUUCCUACAGCUUUUUUGGUUUUUGAGUAGGGAAUAGCGGUGUGUAGGAGAAGAACAAAGCCAUCGGCAGGAGAGGGAGGCAGAGACAAGAGCAACUGCUGGUGCGGUGAACGGUGGAAGAAAUGCAGAGUGGAGUGGAUACGUCGGCGCCAGUUUACUCGAAGAAUGGAGCAGCAGUAAGGGAACAGACCGUAAGCUCUGGACUGAAUCAGAGCAAAGGGUCUUCAAUGCCAAAGAAAAAUCCAGUUUCCAUUCAAAGCAUCAAUCCAAAGGUCCUUAAUGCAGAGUAUGCCGUGCGUGGAGAGAUUGUAAUUCGUGCUCAGGCCCUUGCUGAAGAGUUGAAAUCAAACCCAGGAUCUCAUCCGUUUGACGAGAUUAUUUACUGCAACAUUGGCAAUCCUCAAUCCCUCGGUCAAAAACCGAUCACCUUUUUCAGAGAGGUUGUUGCACUUUGUGAUCAUCCGAGCCUGCUUGAUAAGCCAGAGACGCACGCUCUGUUCAGUUCGGAUGCAAUCUCAAGAGCAUCCAGGAUAAUUAAUAAAAUUCCUGGGCAGACUACAGGGGCAUAUAGCCAUAGUCAGGGUGUCACGGUUUGCCGAGAUGACAUUGCAGCUGGUAUUGCAGCCCGUGAUGGGUAUCCCGCAAAUCCUGAAGAUAUCUUUGUUACAGAUGGAGCUAGUCCUGGAGUUCACAUGAUGAUGCAGUUGCUUUUGAGCUCAGAAAAAGAUGGAAUUUUGUGUCCUAUUCCACAGUAUCCUUUGUACUCUGCAUCCAUUGCGUUGCAUGGGGGUACCUUGGUGCCAUAUUAUUUGAAUGAGAAUUCUGGAUGGGGUCUGGAAUUAAAUGAGCUGAAGAAACGGCUUCAAGAGGCCCAUGAUGCAGGCACUACUGUGCGGGCUCUUGUUGUUAUUAACCCUGGAAAUCCAACCGGUCAGGUUCUUUCUGAGGAGAACCAGCAGGAUAUUGUGAACUUUUGUAAGGACGAAGGUCUUGUUCUUCUGGCAGAUGAGGUUUAUCAAGAAAAUAUAUAUGCUGAGGGCAAAACUUUCAAUUCAUUCAAGAAAGUUGCACGGAGUAUGGGCUUGGAAGACAAGGACAUUGUUAUUGUUUCCUUUCAAUCGGUUUCUAAAGGUUACUACGGUGAAUGUGGGCGACGGGGGGGCUACAUGGAGGUGACAGGUUUGCCCAAAGAUGUGAAGGAUCAGCUGUACAAGCUAGCGUCAGUAAACUUGUGUUCCAAUGUCUCCGGUCAAAUUCUCGUGAGCUUGGUUAUGAAUCCGCCUAAGCCUGGAGAUUCGUCUUACGAACAAUUUGCUCGUGAGCGGGAUUCGAUUUUGUCGUCACUGGCUAGACGUGCAAAGGUUUUGACAGAGGCAAUGAAUAAGUUGGAAGGUGUAUCCUGUAAUGCCGCAGAGGGUGCAAUGUAUGUGUUCCCUCGUUUAUAUUUGCCAAAGAAGGCCCAAAUAGCGGCAGGAGAAGCUGGUAUGAAAGCUGAUGUUUUCUAUACACGAAGGUUACUCGAUUCUACUGGCAUCGUCAUGGUGCCUGGCUCAGGCUUUGGUCAGGUACCUGGUACAUGGCACGUUCGUUGCACGAUUUUGCCAUCUGAAGAGAAUUUUGGAGCGAUUAUUGACCGUCUGACAACUUUCCAUAAGAAAUUCAUGGAUGAGUUUAGGGACUGAAUGUGAUUAUCUGUUCCGUACCACAUUCUUUGUCGCAUGCUGCAGAUAGUCAGUGAUUAUUUCUCCAAAACGAUUGCGCACACUAGCAGCUCAUUGUUAUUGCACCCUUUUCCCGAAUGCCAUCAGAGUAAUAACCUAAACGUUGAGCUGCCUGUAGCAGUUUCAAUAAGACAGUGAAGAUAUUGAUUAUGGAUUUACUGUAGACAGGCGGUGUAGAGUGUUCUGACGGGACUAGAAGUAUUACUAAGCUUUUGUGUUGCAGAUUCUGCUAGUUGAGGGCUUCCAAACUUAAAUUCUUCCGUCUGCCUGGGUCAGUCUCGACUGUAGCUCGCGCUUCUGAACGUGACAUUUCUCUCUUGCUAAAUAAGUUAAUUUACAAUUUUAUGAAAAAUAAUAGAUAAUUAUUGCGUGGUUGUGGAGUAAGGUUGGCUUUACAGCUGCUCGCUGGAUGUGAAGUGAUUCCAGAGCCCAAAGAGUCUCCAUGCAACUCGUUCGUAUUAAUGGUGUCGACAGAACAAAGGGUGCUUCUCAAAUGAGUGGUCGGUAGUAUAUAUAUUUUUAGUUGGGCAACAUUGAUUUAUUAUCUAUUCAAUCAUGUUCUCACAAUUAUUAUAUUUUACAAAUCUUUCGUAA